UCGCUCGGGGAGCCUGUUUACUGUAACACUCGCUGGAAGAAAGGAACAGGCAGCAGCAGCAGCAGCAGCCAGGAGGAAGGACUCAGCAGCUGUACAGCAUGAGCCCCCUCUGGACCCAGGCCUGCAGUAAAAGUGGGGCUUUUUUAAGAGCCCACAGUGUGUGAGAUCCCUCCGCCCGCCCGCCCGACUCGGGGCGUGAGCCGCUGCUUCUCCCUCCGCCUCCAGCGGCCGCAUCAUCGCCUCCUCCCGCAGAGCCGAGAGGAGCAGCAGCGCGUCAGCUCUCCGGCUCCAGCCCCGUGUCCGUGGGAGCUGCUCGGCACCGGCGCGGACCCUUCACCGGCGCUCCCCACCCGAUGUGAGCGUGUCGCGCGAGUGCCCGAAACAGCGGCUGCAGCCAUGGGAGCCUCUGGGGUGUUGAUACGGAUUUUACAGUACGCGGGACUUUACGUUCAACUUAGCGCGGCUCUCAACGUCGGACACGGGGAGGCGGAUAAUCACGUCAGCGGGAACGCGCUCUUCACCGAGGUGCCUCAUGACAUCACCACACAGAGCGGUGAGGACGUGGAGAUGGCCUGUUCCUUCCGUGGCGCAGGAUCUCCCUCGUACUCACUGGAGAUCCAGUGGUGGUACCUGAAGGAGCAUCAAGACUGGGAAGCCAACCCGGCUCCCCUCACUAGUAAUGUCAUAGCCCAGGAGGAGACAUCCAAAGACGCCACCAAAAUUAGCGUGGUGAAAGUGGCCGGCAGCAACAUCUCCCACAAGCUUCGCCUGUCAAGUGUCAAGCCGUCGGACGAGGGCACGUACGAGUGCCGCGUCAUCGACUUCAGCGGCACCGCGGCGCAGCAGCACCGCGUCCGGGCCUACCUCCAGGUGAGGCCCGAGGGGAGCAGGCGGAGGCGAGAGGCCGGACCCCGACGGCGUGAGGCCGAGGGCGAGGAGCCCAAGGGGUCCUCCGGCAGCUCCACGGACUGUAACCAGAGCUGUGUGCUCUAGAGCAGGUCUGCACGUUCAUGACCGCUCGCUAACAGACAUCCAAGCCGAGGCUCCACCUGUACCCGGACCUCCACCUGUACCCGGACCUUCAUCUGUACCCGGACCUCCAUCUGUACCCGGACCUCCAUCUGUACCCGGACCUCCAUCUGUACCCGGACCGCCACCUGUACCCGGACCUUCAUCUGUACCCGGACCUCCACAUGUACCCGGACCCCCACCUGUACCCGGACCUCCUCAUGUACCCGGACCUCCACCUGUUCCCCGGACCUUUUAGUUACCACCGGUGAACCCACAUGUUGUUGUUUGGAUGCCAGUAAAGGGCAUGAUCUUGUUGAACGUAGCCGAUUAUGUUCUUCCUGUGGCUUUGUUAUUUGUCAGUGCUUUCUCUCAACUGCAUAUAUAUUACGUUAACAAGUGAGGCUGAAAGACAGUAUAUAUCACAAACAUGUAGUCAAUCAGUUAUUCAUUGUGCCAUAAACAAUAGUCAUAUACAGAACAGAUCUUUUGUGAGCUAUCGCUUCUACUGUCUUAAUAAACACAAGCCAAAAACUACUGCACUUCAGUCUUUUUGCAACCCAAGUAUUGAAGAAUAGAUGAAGCUGAUUUUUAUUCACCUGCGUUAAGUUCAAUUAUGUAAACUUUGCUUUAAACUUAAAAGCCAAUACUAGGUGUAAAUGUUCAUUCACGCUAAACUGUUCUUGACAAACUAGUUUACUCUGUACUAUGGUAAUCAUGCCAGAACUGUUAUGUAUUAAUACAAAUAUUUUUCUUCUGAGCAUCACAUUUUGCUGUCGUUCCAAGUGCUGCUGUUUGAUAUCUGUUAAAUACAUUUGUUUGAAAUUAA